GAAUACGUCGCGGAGUCACGAGGUCACCUGCACUUUGACAAAUUAUUUUUUUCGCCUGCGUGCAGCCUACAUAUUAACGGGCCUGUUAGCACGACUCAAACGUUCCAUCGCAUUACAUAAUCUGGUGCUUGUCGUUUUUUGUUUGAUGAUUUUGAAAACAUGGAAGAGCUCUAUGGAGCCAACAGUCACCGUUGAUACACCAUGAUCUCCCAUUACAAACCGCCUCCGUGUGCUGUCGUCUUCCAAGGUCGGACUCUGGAUACUGCCACACAAGACAGGAAUAGCAGAGUCCUGGCUCCAACAUGUCCUUGGCGUUCUGCGGGGUCGAGAACAACUCGUUUGCGUACAACGUGGACGGAGGUGUCCUGAACAACGGCUGCUUCCUGGACGCGCUCAAUGUGGUGCCUCACGUCUUCGUCCUCUUCAUCACCUUCCCCAUCCUCUUCAUCGGCUGGGGAAGCCAGAGCUCCAAGGUCCACAUCCACCACAGCACCUGGCUGCACUUCCCCGGUCACAACCUGCGCUGGCUGCUGACCUUCGUGCUGCUCUUCGUCCUGGUGUGUGAGGUGGCCGAGGGCAUCGUCUCCGAUGGGUUCAGCAGCUCCCACCACCUCCACCUCUACAUGCCCGCGGGGCUGGCCUUCAUGGCCGCCAUCACCUCCAUCGUGUACUACCACAACAUCGAGACCUCCAACUUCCCCAAGCUCCUGCUAGCCCUCCUGAUCUACUGGCUGCUGGCGUUCAUCAUGAAGACCAUCAAGUUCGCCAAGUACACGGAGCACGGCAUCGGUCCUCGCCAGCUGCGCUACUGCAUCGCCGGGCUGCUGAUGCUGCUGUACGGCCUGCUGCUGGCCGUAGAGGUCAAAGUCAUCAUGGGCAGGCGCUACGUGUGCUACGCCGACCCCACGGAGGUGAAGCCCCCCGAGGACCUGCAGGACCUCGGCGUGCGCUUCCUGCAGCCCUUCGUCAACCUGCUGUCCAAGGCCACCUACUGGUGGAUGAACACCUUCAUCACCGCCGCCCACCGCCGCCCCAUCGACCUCAAGGUGAUCGGCAAGCUGCCCAUCGCCAUGAGGGCCCUCACCAACUACCUGAGGCUGCACCGCGCCUUCCAGGCCCAGACGCUGCGAGCGAGGCCCGAGGGCUCCGUCCCCCUGGGGCCCAAGCAGAUCUGGAGGGCCCUGCGGAAGGCCUUCGGGCGGCCCCUGAUCCUCAGCAUCACCUUCCGCUUCCUGGCCGACCUGCUGGGCUUCGCCGGGCCGCUCUGUAUCUCGGGCAUCGUGCACCACGUCAGCAAGGACAACCGCUCCAUCCAGCCCACGAUGAGCCACAUGGGGAUCCACUUCAUCUCGUCCCAGGAGUUCCUGGAGAACGCCUAUGUUCUGGCCGUGCUGCUGUUCUCUGCCCUGCUCCUCCAGAGGACCUUCCUCCAGGCCUCCUACUACGUGGCCAUCGAGACCGGCAUCAACCUGCGAGGGGCCAUACAGACCAAGAUCUACAACAAGAUCUUGCGCCUGUGCACCUCCAACAUGUCCAUGGGGGAGCUCACCGUGGCCCAGAUCUGCAGCCUGGUGGCCAUCGACACCAACCAGCUCAUGUGGUUCUUCUUCCUCUGCCCCAACCUGUGGGCCAUGCCCUUCCAGAUCAUCGUGGGCGUGAUCCUGCUCUACUACCUCUUGGGGAUCAGUGCGUUGAUCGGUGCCACGGUCAUCGCCGUGUUGGCUCCCGUCCAGUACUUUGUGGCCACCAAACUUUCCCAAGCCCAGAAGAGCACUCUGGACUACUCCAGCGAGCGUCUAAAGAAGACCAACGAGCUGCUGCGCGGCAUCAAGCUGCUGAAGCUCUACGCCUGGGAGAACAUCUUCUGUGACAGCGUGGAGGAGACCCGCGGCAAGGAGCUGAGCAGCCUGAAGGCCUUCGCCCUGUACACCUCCGUCUCCAUAUUCAUGAAUGCAGCCAUCCCAAUAGCAGCAGUAUUAACGACAUUCGUAGUCCAUGUCCACAUUUCCGAGGAUGCCGACCUGUCCCCGGCAGUGGCCUUUGCAUCCCUCUCUCUCUUCCAUAUCCUGGUCACACCCCUAUUCCUGCUGUCCAGCGUGGUACGCUCCACCGUCAAGGCCCUGGUCAGUGUUCAGAAGCUCAGUGAGUUUUUCUCCAGCGAUGAGAUCGGUGAUGAGCCGGAGGCCAGUGCUGUCAUACCCCCUGGAACCAGUAACCACAACCAGAAAAAAUACCAGGCUCUGCCCCUGAAGGUGGUGAACAGGAAGAGAGCCCCCCGCCAGGAGUGGAGCGAGUCCCAGUGGGAGGGGGGCGGCCCCCCAGGGAUGGACCAGGACACCUGCCUCAAGAUCACCAGUGGGUAUUUUACCUGGACGGAUGGACCACCAACCCUUUCCAAUGUGGAUAUCAAAAUCCCAUUUGGUCAGCUGACCAUGAUCGUGGGCCAGGUGGGCUGUGGGAAAUCGUCUCUGCUUCUGGCCGCGCUGGGAGAGAUGCAGAGAGUUUCAGGCACGGUGACGUGGAACAGUAUAGAAAAUCCAGACUCAGUGGGAGAUGAGAGUCCAACAGACAGGGAUGUGGCUGGGGACGGGGAUAUCAGGAAGAGGGGCUCUGUAGCCUACGCUUCCCAGAAGCCCUGGCUGCUGAACACCAGUCUAGCGGAGAACAUCACCUUUGAGAUGCCCAUGAUCAAGCCCAGGUACACUGCUGUUAUCGAUGCCUGUUCCCUGCAGCCUGACAUUGACAUCCUGCCACAAGGGGACCAGACUGAAAUCGGUGAGAGGGGUAUCAUCCUAUCAGGAGGCCAGAAGCAGCGGAUCAGCGUGGCCCGGGCUCUGUACCAGCAGACUAACGUCGUCUUUCUGGACGACCCCUUCUCGGCCCUGGACAUCCACCUCAGCGACCACAUGAUGCAGGAGGGCCUGCUGAAGAUCCUGAGAGAGGAGAAGAGGACCGUGGUUCUGGUCACACACAAGCUCCAGUACCUCCCCCACGCAGACUGGAUCAUUGCCAUGAAAGACGGCAGCAUCCAGACGGAAGGAUCCCUAAAGGACAUCCAGAACUCUGAGCCAGAACUCUUUGAGCAAUGGAAGACUCUGAUGCACCGCGAGGACCAGGACUUUGAGAAGGAGACGGUGGCCGAGAGCAUGACGGACCUGGAGAGAAAGAACCUGCGCCGGGCCAUGUACUCCCGGGAGCGGGGGCGGACGGAGGAGGACGAGGAAGAGGAGUCGCUGGAGGGCGAGGACGAGGACGAGGACGACGCCCUGUCCGGGUCCAUGCGGCAGCGUGACGCCAUCCCCUGGCGGUCCUGCAGGAGCUACCUCUCGUCGGCGGGGGCCCUCCUCCUCUCCCUGCUCUGCCUGUCCCAGCUCCUCAAGCACACCCUCAUGGUGGCCAUCGACUACUGGCUGGCCCACUGGACCUCGCAGGUCAUCGCCGCCAAGCCGGGCGCCUCCGCGAGGAACUGUACGGCCGCGCAGGAGUGCGGGCUGAGCCACUCGUGGUACCUGGCCGUGUUCAGCGUGCUGAGCUGCCUGGGCAUCGCCCUGUGCCUGGCCAGCGCCGUGGCCGUGGAGUGGACCGGCCUGAGGGUCGCCAAGGAGCUGCACCACAACCUGCUGCACAACAUCAUACUGGCCCCCAUGAGGCUGUUUGAGACCACCCCGCUGGGCAGCAUCCUGAACCGCUUCUCCACGGACACCAACACCAUCGACCAGCACAUCCCCGCCACGCUGGAGUGCCUGAGCCGCUCCACCCUGCUCUGCCUCUCCGCCCUGGGCGUCAUCUGCUACGUAACCCCUGUCUUCAUGGUGGCCCUGCUGCCGCUGGCCGUGGCCUGCUACUUCAUCCAGAAGUACUUCAGGGUGGCCUCCAGGGACCUGCAGCAGCUGGAGGACAGCACGCAGCUCCCUCUGCUGUCCCACUUCUCUGAGACCGUGGAGGGUCUCACCACCAUCCGCGCCUUCAGGUACGAGCCCCGCUUCAGACAGCGGCUUCUGGAGUUCACCGACGCCAACAACAUCGCAUCGCUCUUCCUCACCGCCGCCAACCGCUGGCUGGAGGUCCGCAUGGAGUACAUCGGCGCCGGUGUGGUGCUGGUUGCAGCAGUCACCUCCAUCAGCAACGCUCUGUACAGCAAUCUGUCUGCAGGCCUGGUGGGCCUGGGACUGACCUACGCCCUCAUGGUGUCCAACUACAUGAACUGGAUGGUGCGGAACUUGGCGGACAUGGAGGUGCAGCUUGGCUCGGUCAACAGGAUCAACGGGCUGCUGCAGACGGAACCCGAGAACUACGAGGGGCUGCUGACUGCGUCCCAGGUCCCUGACGGCUGGCCUCGGCACGGAGAGAUCCAGAUCCAGAAUCUGAGCGUGCGCUACGACACCACACUCAAACCCGUCCUGAAGAACGUCAACGCACACAUCCGCCCUGGCGAGAAGGUGGGGAUUUGUGGACGGACAGGAAGCGGCAAAUCCUCCUUCUCCCUCGCUUUCUUCCGUAUGGUCGACAUGUUUGAAGGGCGGAUCCUGAUCGAUGACAUCGACAUCGCCCAGCUGCCCCUGCAGACGCUGCGCUCGCGCUUCUCCAUCAUCCUGCAGGACCCCUUCCUGUUCAGCGGGUCCAUCCGCUUCAACCUGGAUCCUGAGCUGAAGGCUACAGAUGAGAUGUUGUGGGAAGCUCUGGAAAUAGCUCAGCUGAAACCUGUUGUCAAAUGCUUACCCGGAGGCCUGGACGCCAUGGUAACGGAGGGAGGAGAGAACUUCAGCCAGGGCCAGAGGCAGCUGUUCUGCCUGGCCAGGGCCUUCGUCAGGAAGAGCAGCAUCCUCAUCAUGGACGAGGCCACCGCCUCCAUCGACAUGGCAACAGAGAGCAUCCUUCAGAAGGUGGUGAUGACAGCCUUCGCCGACCGGACGGUGGUCACUAUAGCCCAUCGCGUGCACACCAUCCUGAACGCCGACCUGGUGAUUGUGAUGAAGCGCGGGAUCAUCCUGGAGUACGACCGGCCCCACGCGCUGCUGGAGAAGGACGACAGCGUCUUCGCCUCCUUCGUACGGGCCGACAAGUAGCGGGCCGGCGGCGUUCGUACGGCGAGGACCGCCGGCGACACAGGAAGGACAACGUUCAAAGUGCAAUUCUUACCAUGGAAUAUAUAUUUCGUUUCCCCAAUUUUUUUUUAUCAUGUAUUAUAUUUGUACAUAAAAUAUUAAUUCUUUGUUAAUAAAAUAAGCUAAAUUAUCACUUUAACA